GGUCAUAGUUUAGUCAAAACAGUUCAGUAGGCUAGCGAGGCAGACCGGAGCGCUCUCGCAGCUGGGCCACACGUGUGAUUUACAUGAAGUUAUCGUUACGGGAAUUGAUAUUGUGAAUAUUUUUCAUAUACGUGGAUGUAUUUUUCGAUCAAGAUACUGACCAAUAGAGAGCCUCUUUUCCGGUUUUAGUCAAAAUCACGUGACGAUUGGAGUCCCACCCUGUGCUUUGGUAAAGCGACAAGAUGGCGGAUAGCAGGGGAUUGACAGCCGAACAGCGGCGCGAGUUAUGUGAACUGUUCAGUGGGGUGGACGAAGAUGGCAAUGGCAGUAUUUCCAUGGAUGAAAUCAAAGAGGCACUUGCAGCAUGCAGCAUCAAACUGGCUGGUUAUGAAAUCAGAGAUAUCGUACAGCGAUAUGAUGCUGAUGCCAAUGGGAAGCUGGAUAUGGGAGAGUUUGAAAAGCUAUAUAUUGAAGAACUGAAAAAACGUAACUUCGGCCUGAAGUUUAAGACAUCUGUAGCCCCCAAACAAGGAGUCCGCAGCCAUGAGGGUGUGUCCCAGGCUUCCACAGUCGGAACUACACACACAGUCAAGGACUCUGAACUUGUUGCCUUCUCAGACUGGAUUAACACGUCACUUCAAGAUGAUCCAGACUGCAAAACAUACCUGCCCUUGAGUGGGGACUCACUCUGUGUACAAUGCCGAGAUGGCAUUCUUCUGUGCAAGCUGCUGAACAAGACGGAAGAAGACUUGAUCGAUGAACGUACAAUCAACAAGACAAACCUAGACGUGUUCAGGAAACAUGAGAACUUGACUCUAGCCUUAAACUCUGCCCAGUCCAUUGGCUGCAGUAUUGUGAACAUCGGAGCAGAGGAUAUUGAGAAGGGGACCAUUCACCUGGUCCUUGGAUUGAUCUGGCAGAUUAUCAGAAUUGGUUUGUUGUCGGACAUUGACUUGACCCACCAUCCCGGGCUGGUUCUCCUGUUGGAGGAGGGUGAGGAUAUAUCUGACCUGAAGAAGUUGUCCCCCGAGGCAUUGCUUCUCCGCUGGGUCAACUACCACUUGAGGAACUCUGGAUGCUCGAGACAGAUCAACAACUUCAGUGAGGACAUCAAGGACUCUGAAGCUUACAGCUAUCUCCUAACACAGAUUGCCCCAGACGGCACAGGUGUCACGUUAACACCUAUGCAGAUAGGCGACUUACAGGAACGGGCUGAAAGUGUUUUGUGUGAAUCUGACAAAAUUGGCUGUCGCAGUUUUGUGACAGCUAGGGACAUUGUCACCGGAAAUCCUAAGCUUAAUUUAGCAUAUGUUGCCAACUUGUUCAACACAUAUCCCUCACUGGAUGGAACAGGGCAAGAUAUUGAUUUGGGAGAAGUACAUGAAGAAACUAGAGAGGAGAAGACGUACCGUAACUGGAUGAACAGCCUCGGCGUGUCACCUUUCGUCAACCACUUGUACAGUGACCUCGGCAAUGGUCUUGUUAUUUUCAAACUGUAUGAUAAAAUCAGGCCAAACUUGGUGGACUGGGCUAAAGUUAUAGACAAGUUCAACAAGAUGAAAGUCAACUUUGAGAAACUAGAAAACUGUAAUUAUGCAGUCACACUGGCUAAGGCGAUCCAUUUGUCUGUCGUCAACAUUGGAGGAGAGGAUAUUCGGGAGGGAAAUCCAACAAUCACACUAGCGCUGGUGUGGCAGUUGAUGCGAGCCUACACCCUAAAGAUGCUCACCCAGCUGGCUGACAAUGACAACAAGCCAAUCCCGGACCAAGAGAUUGUCACCUGGGCAAACCACAGGCUGGAAGGCGCUUACAAGAUCAAGAGCUUCAAUGAUCCCAUCAUCCAGGAUGGGAUAGUAGUACUGAAAAUAAUUGACAAGAUCAGGCCAGGAGUUGUCAACUGGGAACUGGUCAGCCAGGCAGAGUCGGAGGAGAUGAAAAGCCUGAACAACGCUAAAUAUGCUAUCUCACUAGCAAGAAAGAUUGGUGCACGAGUGUACGCCCUGCCAGAGGAUAUUGUAGAGGGGAAGAAGAAUAUGGUGAUGACAGUGUUUGCUUGCCUUAUGACCAUCGAUAACCCCUACCUGCGUGAGAGGCAGGAUGGCAAGGUGAAUGACGCCGCCAAGCCAAUGAUGCAGGGUUUACAGUGAAGUACGCCUGCAGCUAUGUGUCGAGUGGGGAGGAGGCACUGCUUGGGAGAGAUCUCCACGCUGGAAGAGAUGGUGUCAAAUACUUGAUUUACACCUAAAUAUAUUGCACAAAAUAUACAAGUUUCAUAUUGCAAAUUUGUUCCAUUUUUCAUAGACCUGUUAAUACAAUGAACAUUGGGAAGAAUUUGUUUUGAACUUAAGGAAUGUUUUAACAGCAGAAUUUUGUAGAAAAGAAGGUGUGACCAUGAUGUGUCAUCUCUGCCAUGCAGUGUAAGGCUCAUUGUUGCCGGGAAGAACUUGCUAGUAGACCGAUAUAUUACUAUAAUUCCAAGUAUUGACAUUGUGUACAGGUAUCAGCCCAUCUUAAUUUCUCUGUGUGUUGCCUAUCAUUUUUGCAUAAUUCACAUCCUUUUGUUGGUUAAAAACAAAAGCAAAAUAAUUUAUUGAUGUGCUUUUUCGAUAGAAUGAAACAAAUUUCUUGUAUAGAUACUUGCCUAAACACCUAAACUUAACCUGCUUUCAUCAUACGAGAAACUGAUGCUAGAAAUGUGUCCACUUGAGGCAUAAGCCCAUGCAAGUGCCUGUGAUAUAUCAACAUCAAUUUAUAUGUAAUUUUGUCUCAACCCUAUUUCAACAUGUUUGCCUAAAACUACCUGCAUACAAAUGUGAUUCCAAAAUGAUUCAUAUAACCACACAUGAUAGAGCCUGAGGAUUUGUUUUCCUCAACUGUUUCUGUUCAUGGAUUUUUAUCCCCAAAUCAAAUACCAGUAGUUGGUAGAACAUCAUAUCCUGGUCCAAGGUCAUCCGUGUCCUAUUUACUGCCAUAAACUUGACCUGCUGAAACCCAAGACUGAAAAUGCUGAUAUAUCAAAGUUAAGGGCCCCCCCACCCAAUAAAAAUAAAAGUAUAUAUUUCUGGUCUGUGGCUGCAUUAUUUUCAACACCUUUGUCAGGCUUUCUUAUUUUGAUUUUAACAAAGGGUAGGUAACUCUGACCUGCUUUUCCAAAAGCGAACGUACAAACUGCACAGGACGGCUGUGUAGGUUGUGUGUUGGGAUAAUUCUAAUACAGAAGAAUGUUUUCAUCCAAAAUAUGAUUUAUGGUGUCAUGCAAAUGAGCUUGUCAAAAAAAAUAAUUUUUUACUGCAUAGUUGCGUCAUUUUAGACCGAACCAAAAGACCAAAAACAUAAUAUAUUUUAAGGGGGCUAAAUGUAGAAAUAUGUUGAUUUAUACAGUUGUAUGUUUUUAAUGUUAAGUUUUCACUUCUUAUCAAUUUAAAGACAAAGGCUACCUUUAAAAAGGAGAUGUAUUAUUUUUUAUGUAGUGACAUUUAUUAUGAUUGUAUGUGUAUGUUUGGUCGCCAUGUUAGAGGUCACAGGUGGAAGUAUAUGUUUAUGCAGGCAUUUUAUCUGAGUUUAAACCAUGUUUGUUGAAAAUGUUAAAGCUGUUUAUAGUUGAAGCCAAGAAUUGAAAAGGGGAAGAUGUGCAUGGAUCAAAUUUUGUUGACCAGUUUGUUUAUUGUUUAAGGGUAAUUUGUCAUGCAUGCAUCAUUUUCAAUUGAUGAUUGUUUCCUGACCUUGGUAAUGCUUAACGGAUGCACAAAUAGCAAAGCUUGUAUUGUCAAGAGUAUCAUCUUUAAAAUACCAAUUAUCAGCAAUACUUGCAUUUAGCAAAUCCAUUUUAUGCUUUAUUUGUUUCAACACGGAUAUUGUUCUCGUUUCACUGUUGAUGACGAUCAUUUGUUGAUAGUGAUGCCUUGUUGUAGCCAUCUGCCUCGUAGUGAACCGUCAAGCAAUACAUAUUUGUAUGUAUCAAUGCCAUGUUAAGCAGGACCAACUAACCAUUAGUGAAGACUUAGACUUCUCCAUACAGAGUGAUAUGGUAGAGCUGUUACCAUGGAUCCAGGGGCCAUGUUUACGACUUGUACAGGUUGAUGAACAAUAUUUUCAUUUUGUAGAUUUUAUUUGUUUUACACUAACUCAUGCACCAUGAUCUGAUAUUUUGCUAAUGGACAAAUAUUGUUGACUAUAUAAUUCAUCAGAGCUUAGAUCAGAGGUUUAUGUAUCCCAUUUUAACUUAUUACAUAACCAGGCUUUUGUGUUAGUAACUACUGCAAGAGGAAGAUUAGGAUGCAGAUAGCUGUGUCUCCAUGGUUACACAUAAUAUGUCCGAUGAAGGAGGUAUGAAGUCUGUCAUCAACAGAAGUCACCCUAGGGAAUGCAGUUGCAGCACUUCUGAAAUUGGGACCAGUUGAUGUCGUGUGUGAUCCAGAUUUUAGAGAGGGACCAUUUUACAACACAAUUUGUAUUUAUUGCAAUUUUACAAUGAAAUUGAUUUCUUUGUAACAUUUCUCCAAAAUAAUUGUGAUAAUUGACAUUAUUCGAGGAAUCAAAGUGUUUAAGAACUACUUAAGAAUUGAGUCAAAGUUGUUUUGUUGAACUGGCAACAAGCUACUGGCCAUUCCAUGUGCCUCCCAGUUGUCUACUGUGUGUUGGUCCUCAUACAUGGGCACACCUCCAAAUUGUGUCACUUGUUGCAAACUGUUUGGUGACUGUAUAAGUAAAUCAUGGUUUCUUAAUAAAACAAAACAAAUAAGAUGAA